CGUUUGCUUUGCUGAUAAAAAUAUGCUGCAGAAAACAUGAAUCGCUCCCAGUUGAAUGAAAUCGGGGGGAUCGUCGCUCAGGCUCCGGAGAUCAAUAUUUUCAUCGAAAGCGACGUCCGUGAUGUUGGCAGCGCUUCCACCUACGCGAAGCGACGCACCGUGCGCGAGAUCUAUCAACGAGGAUAAAUAAGGAUGCGGCCGGCGGAUCGGGGUUAGGGUUUGAACCUGUCUACUCGCCGAUCGGGAGUUACGCCCGUUCAAACAUGUUUAUCAAGCCGUUCAAAGUGAAGACCAAUUACCAGCUGAAGGGGACCGAGAGGAAGAAAUUAUGCGAGGAGGUAUUGGCGGCGUAUCCGAGUCUGUCGGACGAAGAGAUUCAGUCGUUGCUGCCCAAGAAGGAAUCCAUCAGCAUUAUGAAGAUAGCGACGCACAGCGGACACGUAGGCAAAUUGUACUGCGUUGCCAAGAUACCCAUGUUCUUUCAGCUGGAUUCGUACGACACUCUGCUCUUUCCCACAAUUUAUACGUUGUGGCAGCAUCCGUAUUUGUUGAACGCCUUCACCACGCACACGCCGGUCGUUUCCAAGUUGGUAGGCGGCGCGGAUCUCAUGUUGCCCGGACUGAUUCUGAAGGAGCCGGUGACCCUGUACAGCUUUGGCAAGCUACCAAAGGGCACCCCGAUGUCGAUCAACACCGAGGAGAACAAGGCUGCAGUCGCCGUCGGCGUGACCGCGCUUUCCAGCGAGGACAUGUACAUGGCAGCUGGACACGGAAAGUGCGUGGAGGUUUUUCACGUCAUCGGCGACAUGCUGUGCCAAUUGGGCAAACCACCCCCGAGGCCUGAUUUGGGCUUACCGAAUGUCGACAACAGUCCUAUAGAUGUGUUGGAAGACGUCAAAUCGAUUGAUCAGGAGGCAAUUGUAGACGAAACGGAAAUUCUGCCGGUCAAGCUGGACGAGUUAGACUUGGGCGAGGAUCCGGGCGACGUAGUUGCAGACGAAUUCGUCUCUAAGGAACAUACAGAGGAAGAUGUGGAAACUGAAAGUGUACAAAUUUCAAGUAUAGCCGAACCGGAAGUAGUUGAUCCAGUCCAAGAGAUGGACAGGCUACUGGAAUAUUGUUUCUUGAAGGCGUGCAAAAUGACGGUGAAGUCUAGCGACUUGCCAAUGUUGUCCUCCAACUUUUUCAAAAAUCACCUGUUGGCCGCUUGUCCGCCGGGCAAAAACGUCGAUGUAAAGAAAUCUCGGCACAAAAAGCUGUCGGUGUUUCUAGCAGAAAUGAAGGCUAAGGGGAUAAUCAAUACAUCCAUCACAAAAGGCGUUGAAACGUUGCUAUCCAUUAAGUUUGAUCAUCCGCUUGUGAAAAAAUUAGUCGUUACCGAAGAACCAAUUGCGGCUGAACCGGUGGUUUCCAACAGCGCUGUCGUAUCGGAAUGUUAUCGAGUGACCGCCGACGUUCUGCCAGUUCUGUCGAAAUUCGGCUAUGAAAAGGGUGACGUAAUGAAAAGAGCCGACAUCAGAAAGUGUUUUACCGAAUACGUAAAAGUGGAGGAUCUGCAGAAUGGAAAGACGUUGAAGCUGAAUCCCCAAUUGGCGGGAAUCAUGCGAACCAAGGCUCAUCAGGAGACGGUGACGAUGGAGGAUGGAAUAAACAAAUUCAUCGGACGUAUGACGCACAUGCACGAGGUUACCCUCGCGGGAAACACCUUGUUGCACACGGGAAAACUGGAACCAAUCGACAUGAGAGUGACAGUACGAUCGGGCGGGAAGAAGGUAACAUUGGUAAACAACCUGGAAACGUUCGGGAUCAAUCCAAAAGAGUUCAGCAAAGAGUGCCAGAGCAUUGGCGCGAGCGCGACAAUCACUGACGAUCCUGGAAAAAAGACACCUAGCGUUCUUGUACAAGGGAAUCAAAUUUUAUAUGUGUACAAAUUACUUACAGAGAAAUAUCAGAUAAAAAAGAAUUAUAUAAGAGGCUUGGAAUUCGCCCCGAAGAAGAAAAAAUAGAUGUUUCAAUAAUCAACGCUGAAACCAUUCCCCGUGGUUUUAAUUUUUUUCUCGAGACCUUGGCGCAAAUGAAUAUUUAAUAUUGAUGAAUGGAAUUUUAACGGAAUAAUUUCAAUCGUGCAAAUCGAGGGACGCUGCCAUUUUAAUUAACGUGGAAACAUUUUUUAAACUAAGUUGGAGAAUUAACAUUUUCCUCUUACGUAGAAAAAAUACGAAUAACUAUCGAAUAAAAGCAACUCGGCAAUAUACAACAGGUGAA